CUGCCCACCUCAUAAAUCAACCUGUACACUUACUUGCUCACCAAUUAGAACCCUUUCACAGACAAUCCUGCAUUUCCCACGAUGUCAGGCUCUUAUCUUCACGGCCACCACGCCUCAGUCCUCCGCUCCCACAGCUGGCGCACCGUCGAGAACUCAGCACCUCACCUCAUUCCCUACCUCAGGCCUGACCUCAAGGUCCUCGAUGUGGGUUGCGGCCCAGGAACCAUCACCGUCGACCUCGCCACCCGUCUGCCGCAAGGUUUCGUAUACGCGAUCGACCCCUCCGCCGAUGUGAUCGAGAAAGCAAGACAACAUGCGAAGGAGAAGGGCGUUACAAACGUGCGAUUUGAAGUUGGCGACAUCUUCAACUGGCAAGGCUUAGAUGGUGUUGAAGAAGCUAGCUUCGAUGUUGUGCACGCACAUCAGGUACUGCAACACCUGCAAGACCCGUUGGGCUGUAUGAAAGAAAUGAUGCGGCUCACAAAGAAAGGUGGGAUUGUGGCGGUGCGUGACUGCGACUACGGUGCUAUGGACUGGUACCCCGAACACCCCGGCAUGCAGAAGUGGAAGGACUUGUACAUCAAGGUCGCGUUGGGAUUGAAGGCGUACCCGAACAUGGGUAAGAUGCUGCAUUCUGUUGCGAUGCAGGCUGGGAUACCGAGAGAAGAUAUUGAGGCGAGUAUCAGCGCUUGGUGCUUUUCUACACCCGAAGAGCGGGCAUGGUGGUGCGGUUUAUGGGCAGACAGAACGGUCAAGAGUGACUUCAAGCAGAGAGUCCUUGACGGCAACUACGGCACCGAGGCUGAACUCGAGGAGAUUGCAGCAACAUUCCGAGAGAUGGAGAAGAAAGAGGAUGGCUGGUUCGCAGUCAUCAACGGGCAGGUCAUUUGUCACGUCAGGUAGGCAGUGCAAUGUAAGAGACAGUAAUCGCAGUAAGCUACAUGCUCUUUCUUGGAUCUUCCACCGAUUCGCUGUCAGCUUGGACUCGCUAUCUCUUCCACAUCUGGUCUUACAAUACUCUCACCUUCUCUCACCCAGACAUCCGACGCAGAUCAGACCUGCUGCCAAUCACACCACACAACGCCUGUA